AUGAGCGAUUCGGACCAAGUCGAAUCGUCCCAGAUGCCUUCCUUUGACGACGUUGAGGACAACAAUCCCUUCUCGCACACGCAGGGACUUACCAGCAUGAUUGAGGAUAGCAUGAGUGAAAGAGAGAACCAUGAGGAGAAUGGGUUGGAAGACUCUGUGUUGUUGUACAAGAGCGGUAAGGCACCACACAACGAGGAUGGCAGUACGGCUGGGGGCAAAGACGACGGGUCCACCAAUGUCAAUAGCUCUACCAUUGACGUUGAUAAGUUCAACCGAGUGCACAUCAACUACGAAAGCAGAGUGACUAAAUUGCUCAAGCCACACUCCAAGGUGAAGGUGCAGAUAACAGAGGCAAACAACUCCAAUGAAGGAGCUCUGAACUCGCUGAAAAAGUAUAUAGUAUACACGAUUAAAUUGAUAAGCAUUGACAACCCUGACGAGGAGGAUAUCCAGACCAGACGAAGGUACAGCGACUUUGAGAGCUUGAGAGACGUCUUGACGAAGAUCUUCCCCUUAGUCAUCGUACCACCGAUCCCACCUAAGAAUUAUCUCAACUUAAACGUGCUAAACGGAUUGGUCAAUGGCACUGCAAAUCAACAUAGCAACGGAGGUAACUCGAACCCCCAUCACCAUGGUGACGUCGACUCUGUUGCUAAGGGCGAGUCGCCCUCCGCCGCCAACUCCAGCAAUGACAACUCCUUGGCUGCUCACGCAAGCUCCAACUACUAUACAUACAUCAACUCGAACCAUUUGAACAAGCAUAAGCUCAUCGAGCACAGGAAGAGAUUGCUUACCAACUUCUUGAAUAACUGCUUGGAAAUACCUAAACUAAGAAACCUUGAAUUCUUUGCCAAGUUUUUGGACCCCAACGCUAACUGGACUGAUGAGAUUGCAUUGAUAAGUAGCCAGUUACCCAAAUCCAUAUACCAGCUGAACCCUGAAAACGGUUUACAGACUGACGCCAUAUACGCCAGCUUGCCGUUACCAGUGAGCCAUAGUAUCCCGUCGUUCUUGAAGCCAUUGAAGCGCAAAGUCGGUGCAGUGGGUGCUGCCGCCGCAACUGCUGGUGCCACGGCUUCACUGAGAACCACUGCCAGUGCAGAGACCAACGACAACCAACUGGAGCUUAGCGGCAGUGCUGAAGAUAUCAGCGCUGCUAGUGCUGGCACUCCUGCGGCCAACACACUGGUGACAUCUGAAAUAAUUGAUUCGACGCAACUUGACGAAACAAACAAAAAGAUCAUGGGAAACUUUAUUGGACUUUCCAAUGAUUACACAGAUCUUGGUAGCAUAUUCAACUCCCUUUCUCUUAUACUUGCUGAGACUUCCACAUCUGAGAAAUUGAAAAGUUUGUCCACUUCUCCAGAUGAAAUCAAGCUCAAUUUGAUCUUCGAUAAGAUCGGACAGGUGUUUGAUCGCUCGUACAUUACUUUGAAUUCGUUGAUUGGCGACCUAGAAACAAAAUUCUCGGAACCUUUAGGAGAGGCUGUACGAUUCUCGGGAACUUUGCAAACGGUACGGAAAUUCAAAGAACGUAAGAAUCGGCAAUCUAACUUAUUGGAUACCGAAGUCGAGGACAAGAAGAAGGAAUACAAUGACUUGCUAACAUUCGAGGCGGAAUCCAGUAGAGUGGAACAGUCUGCAGGUAACGGGUUGACCAGGAACACGAAGUAUGCAUUGAAAGAUACAGCGUCACCUCCAAGCGCAAAUGGGACAACCGGUGGAGGUGGAAGCAGUGGUGGCUACAGAAUGAUGCCCAUGUUCAAGAAGAUUACUCGAUACGUGUCCGAUAUCAUUGACCAAAAUCCCGAAGAGACUCGCAAGCAGAAGUUGAUUAGCCUCCAAGCCAAAAUCGAGAUAUUGGAAAGAUGUCAAACCAGAAUGUUGGAAGACAUAUCUUACAUUUCCGAUGAGCUUAACAAUAAUUUCCAGAGAUUCCGUAGGAUCCAGUUGAAAAUGAUUUACGAUAUACUACUUUCUUACAAUGGGUUUCUUGUUGAAUGGGCCAGGAAGAACGUGGAGAUCUGGGAGGAGAUCAAGGACGAAAUCUUGAGAUUGUAA